AACAAAAUAUCGACCAACUGUCAUCUCCAAGCACCGGCAAUAACGAAUAUUACACAAGUUAAGAGCAGAUUUGUUUUGUUAAAUUAAAACCCUAUUAAACCAUAUUAAGAUGGUACGACUGCGGCUAAGAAUGCCCUCCAACAAAACGCUGGGCAACAUUUGCGUCUACGGCGCCGUGGCCUCCAUUUCCGCCGUGAUGUACAUGAGGUGGAAGAUGGAGGAUCGGGUCAGAUCCUGUGAGUACUACAAACUGGCCUUGAAGGCACUGAGAAGCCAUCGAGGGGCAUCCAGCCUUCUGGGGGAACCCAUCAAGGACCUGGGCAUAGAUCUGUCCAAUGCCAACAACAAUUGCAACGCGGAAAUGGCGCACUUCGAGGUCUCCGUGCGGGGCAGCAAAGACAAAGGAACCCUCUUCUUUUGGGCCUCCCAUCAGCCGGACCGGGGCUGGCUGAUCGACCGGCUGGAGCUGGAAACCAAACUCAAUCCCGAGAAGCGCUUCCUGCUCAAGAAGUCCGAGGAGCUGACCUUCGAUCUGCCCGAGAGCCUGAGCAAACAGCCCGCCCAAGUGGACUCCAAUGUCAUCCUCUCCGAGUCAAAUCUGCUGAGCAACAAGCCCACCGAAACGCAUUCAAAGUGACCACAACUUCCGAU